AAUGAUGUCAUGUUAAGAGACCUUUUUAAGAGUCUCUUUUUUUUCAUUUUUCAUGUUCAUGUCUGUUACAUUUAAUAAAGCCUGCCUUAUUGAUACAAUGAAAACUGUAUUCGUAACUGUCGGAACGACAAGUUUUGAUGAUCUGAUUGGCUCUGUGACUUCAGAUGAAUCCGUGAAGGCAUUAAUCGGUCGUGGCUACACAGACAUGGUGCUUCAGGUCGGCAGAGGUUCAGUUCCUGAUCCAGACAGAUGUCCAGGACUUUCAUUUCAAGUGUUUCAUUACAAAGACUCAAUCGCCGAGGACAUGAGAAACUCAGAUCUGGUCAUCAGUCAUGCUGGAGCAGGAAGCUGUUUGGAAGCACUCGGAGCAAAUAAAGCUCUCCUCGUGGUGGUCAAUGAUAAAUUAAUGGACAAUCACCAGCUGGAGCUCGCAAAGCAGCUCCAGGCAGAUUCACAUCUUAUCUACUGCACAUGCAGUACUCUGUCUCAGACUUUGAGGGAUAUGGAUCUGUCUGCUCUGACAACCUAUGUGCCUGGUCAACCGCAGAACUUCGCCAACUUUUUAGACAAGGCUGUUGGACUUGUUUGAAAGCUCUCUCUUGAACCGGGACGAUUACCGAGGAGAAUUUGGGCCAAGGCUUACUGGGAAAUCCCGCACUGGACCCCUCAGGAGAUGAUUGUUUGAAAACAGCAGUUUUUUUUGCCUAACUCAUUUUGUAUAAUUAAACUAAUAAUUGUCCUGGAGGAUUGUAUUAUGAUGGUACAGACACAAGUGGUCCUCCUUUGACUUUUUUUCCUAUAAAGUGACAAUGAAACUGUCAGGUUGCUUAAAGAAGCGGAAGUUGUUAAGGAAACUUGCUGUAGUGAACAUCCUGUGUAGUAUUAGACCACAGUCAUUUGUUACUCAGACGCUCAGAGAGCAUGACUUACAUUCACACAUCAAGACUACAUUUUGGGCUUUUGUUCUUAAUUCUGACCUUUCUACGAUGCUGCUCAGCAGGUGAUCCGAGUAAGUAUAUAAUUACACACAACACCAUCCUGAAUAGUUUUUGUGGUUAAUGAUGUUAUAAACUAAAGGUAAGCAAAUUGUCAUAAAAUUAUCAUGAGUUAUCAUAAAAUCGGGAUUAUAAUUCUUACCGAAAAUAUAGUUUGUUUAAGAGUUUUCUGAUUGUAUGUUUGCAUUUAGAGUUGGUUUUCUAAGAGCAAAAUGUUUGAGAGAUACAUUUGGAAGGUUUUAGUGGGGAUUUCCACGGUUUUUCUCUCAUGUGUCAUUUGUGUCUAUGGUGGUUGUGAUGAUGCUGAGGUUUGAGAUUAUGAUACUGAUAAGGUUUAUGUGUAUGUGGGUGGCAGGAAACAAGUUCAAAAUAAAAAAAAAU